AUGGCGGAGGAGAAAGAAGCGUCUUCGAGUUCCCUGAACCAAGGCCUGACUCACCGUGAACCGGACCCGGACGACGACGACGACGACGAUGUUCUCAAGUCUGCUCCUGGUUCCCCGAGCUCCUCCACUCGCAAGGCUUGUUAUGCUGUUCUUCAAAGCUGGGCAACUAAGAAGUUCGUGACUGGAUGCGUCGUUCUGUUUCCAGUUGCGGUGACCUUUAUAGUGACGUGGUCGUUUAUCCAGUUGGUCGAUGGUUUCUUUAGUCCGAUAUAUGCUAAACUUGGCAUCAACAUCUUCGGCCUUGGAUUCCUCACAUCACUUCUUUUCAUUUUCUUUGUGGGCAUGUUUGCUUCAUCAUGGUUGGGUUCGACUGUCUUCUGGCUUGGGGAAUGGUUUAUAAAGCGGAUGCCAUUCAUGAAGCACAUCUAUUCAGCCUCUAAACAAAUAAGUGCUGCUAUUUCUCCUGAUCAGAAUACUACUGCAUUCAAAGAGGUUGCAAUUAUUCGUCAUCCUCGUCAUGGUGAAUAUGCAUUUGGUUUCAUCACAUCAUCCCUUACCCUUCAGAGAGAAGAUAGAGAUGAAGAAUUGUGCAGUGUUUAUGUCCCAACAAACCAUCUAUAUAUCGGGGACAUCUUUCUGGUCAGUGCUGCAGACAUCAUUAGACCAAAUUUAUCCAUUCGGGAAGGCAUAGAGAUCAUAGUUUCGGUGGGCAUGUCGAUGCCACAAAUGAUAUCUGCUGUGGAAAGGGUUUCGCAUCAUCAUCGUCGCAGCAGCAUAAUCCCCCUAACCAGAGUGGUGUGA